CAGGGAUCCUGGUGUGCAUGACACUGAGGUACUAGAAGUAGGACCAAUGACUGAGGUUGGAGCUGGUGUAUAAGGGACCCACGCCCAGUGUCCCCAGCGCAUGUAUGCACGCACCAGCUGAGCAGGCACAGGGCUAGUGGUCACUGCCACUGCCUCUUCACUCAGGUCCCCCUUUCCCCCUAUCCUGUUGCUGGUUGGCAGGACUAGUGUCCGGUAUUUCUUUAUGCUGUGGCCCUGCCAGCGUUGCCGCACUUAGGAGCUCAAACGUGUGUCUGCGUGUGGAAGUUCAGACCAGCAGCGCCUCCAGAGCGAGGGGAACGUUCUCCGGUGACUCAGCAAGCUUGGGCUCUGCCAUUUCUGUGGGAGCGGUGCUGGGACAGUGAUGAAUCACUUGCUUGCCUCUUGAUUUGCGUCAAUCAAACCACAUGUGAAGAAAGCAGCAGUGAGUGAGGCUUUGCUGGCAGCCUGGCGUCCAGCAUGGGGACACUCGCCAGGGACAGCCACAGAGGGCCGGCCGCUCACCCCGGUGGUCCAGGCUGCAGGCUUCCGCCGGCUUCGCCCCCGCCAUCCCUGCCAUUCCCGCCAAGCCGCAGUGAUGGACUUUCUGGCCGAGACCAGCCCGUGGAGCUGCUAAACCCGGCCCGUGUGAACCACAUGUCCAGCACCGUGGAUGUGGCCUCGGCGCUGCCUUUGCAGGUGGCUCCCUCGGCGGUGCCCAUGGACCUGCGCCUGGACCACCAGUUCCCGCUGCCUGUGGCGGAGCCCGCCCUCCGGGAACAGCAGCUGCAGCAGGAGCUCCUGGCUCUGAAGCAGAAGCAGCAGCUGCAGCGGCAGAUCCUCAUCGCAGAGUUCCAAAGGCAGCACGAACAGCUGUCGCGGCAGCACGAGGCCCAGCUGCAUGAGCACAUCAAGCACCAGCAGGAACUGCUGGCCCUGAAGCACCAGCAAGAGCUGCUAGAGCACCAGCGGAAGCUGGAGAGGCACCGCCAGGAGCAGGCACUGGAGAAGCAGCACCGUGAGCAGAAGCUGCAGCAGCUCAAGAACAAGGAGAAAGGCAAAGAGAGUGCUGUGGCCAGCACAGAAGUGAAGAUGAAGUUGCAAGAGUUUGUCCUCAAUAAAAAGAAGGCGCUGGCCCAUCGGAGCCUGAACCACUGUAUCUCCAGUGAUCCUCGCUACUGGUAUGGGAAAACGCAGCACAGCUCCCUGGACCAGAGCUCCCCGCCCCAGAGCGGUGUGUCGGCCUCCUACAACCACCCGGUCCUGGGCAUGUACGACGCCAAAGACGACUUCCCUCUCAGAAAAACAGCUUCAGAACCCAAUCUGAAAUUACGGUCCCGGCUAAAGCAGAAAGUGGCUGAGAGACGGAGCAGCCCUCUGUUGCGCAGGAAAGAUGGGCCUGUGGUCACUGCUCUAAAAAAGCGUCCCUUGGAAGUCACAGACUCUGCAUGCAGCAGUGCCCCCGGCUCCGCACCCAGCUCGCCCAACAACAGCUCCGGGAGCAUCAGCACGGAGAAUGGGAUCGCACCCGCCGUCCCCAGCAUCCCAGCCGAGACCAGCUUGGCACACAGACUGGUGACUCGGGAAGGCUCCGUGGCCCCACUUCCCCUCUACACAUCGCCAUCCUUGCCCAACAUCACACUGGGACUUCCUGCCACCGGCCCUUCUGCUGGGGCGGCAGGCCAGCAGGAAGCCGAGAGACUGGCUCUCCCAGCCCUGCAACAGCGGCUCUCCCUCUUUCCUGGCACCCACCUCACGCCCUACCUGAGCACGGCGCCCCUGGAGCGGGACGGCGGGGCAGCUCACAACCCUCUCCUGCAGCACAUGGUCUUACUGGAGCAGCCACCCACACAGACGCCCCUCGUCACAGACUGGUAUCUUUCAGGCCUGGGCGCCCUGCCCCUGCACACACAGUCUCUGGUUGGCGCAGACCGGGUGUCCCCCUCCAUCCACAAGCUGAGGCAGCACCGCCCACUGGGGCGCACGCAGUCGGCACCGCUGCCCCAAAACGCCCAGGCCCUGCAGCACCUGGUCAUCCAGCAGCAGCACCAGCAGUUUCUGGAGAAACACAAGCAACAGUUUCAGCAGCAGCAGCUGCAUAUGAACAAGAUUAUCCCCAAACCCAGCGAGCCAGCCCGGCAGCCUGAGAGCCACCCCGAGGAGACAGAGGAGGAGCUCCGUGAGCACCAGGCCCUCCUGGAGGAGCCCUACCUAGACCGGCUCUCUGGGCAGAAGGAGGCCCAGGAGCUGACUGGAGUGCAGGUGAAACAGGAGCCCUUGGAGAGUGACGACGAGGAGGCAGAGCCACCUCGGGAAGUGGAGCCCAGCCAGCGCCAGCCCACGGAGCAAGAGCUGCUCUUCAGACAGCAAGCGCUCCUGCUGGAACAGCAGCGGAUCCACCAGCUGAGGAACUACCAGGCCUCCAUGGAGGCCGCUGGCAUCCCUGUGUCCUUCGGCGGCCACCGGCCUCUGUCCCGGGCACAGUCCUCCCCAGCGUCUGCCACCUUCCCCAUGUCUGUGCAGGAGCCCCCCAGCAAACCGAGGUUCACCACAGGCCUGGUGUACGACACACUGAUGCUGAAGCACCAGUGCACCUGCGGGAACAGCAACAGCCACCCCGAGCACGCCGGCAGGAUCCAGAGCAUCUGGUCUCGGCUGCAGGAGACUGGCCUCCGAGGCAAAUGCGAGUGUAUCCGAGGACGGAAGGCCACCCUGGAGGAGCUGCAGACUGUGCAUUCGGAGGCACACACUCUACUCUACGGCACGAACCCCCUCAACAGGCAGAGACUGGACAGUAAGAAACGUCUAGGCUCGCUGACGUCCAUGUUUGUCAGGCUGCCCUGUGGCGGUGUCGGGGUGGACAGUGACACCAUAUGGAACGAGGUGCACUCAUCGGGGGCAGCCCGCCUGGCUGUGGGCUGCGUGGUGGAGCUGGUCUUCAAGGUGGCCACAGGGGAGCUGAAGAAUGGCUUUGCCGUGGUCCGCCCUCCAGGACAUCACGCAGAGGAGAGCACGCCCAUGGGUUUCUGCUACUUCAACUCCGUGGCUGUUGCAGCCAGACUUCUCCAACAGAGGCUGAACGUGAGCAAGACGCUCAUAGUGGACUGGGAUGUGCACCAUGGAAAUGGGACCCAGCAGGCCUUCUACAGCGACCCCAAUGUCCUCUACAUCUCACUGCACCGCUACGACGACGGCAACUUCUUCCCAGGCAGCGGGGCGCCUGACGAGGUGGGCACAGGGCCAGGCGUGGGCUUCAACGUCAACAUGGCUUUCACUGGUGGCCUUGACCCCCCCAUGGGAGAUGCAGAGUACUUGGCAGCCUUCAGAAUGGUGGUCAUGCCAAUCGCAAACGAGUUUGCCCCGGAUGUGGUGCUGGUGUCAGCAGGCUUCGACGCCGUGGAGGGCCACCCCACACCUCUGGGCGGCUACAACCUCUCUGCCAAAUAUCAAACAGGAUCCCAAACCGAAUUCCUCGAUGAAUUUAUUGCGAUCGAACCUGGCUUCCAUUAUGAGCCACGGUGUGCCAGCCCCCUGGGUUUCGGGUACCUGACGAAGCAGCUGAUGGGCUUGGCUGGCGGCCGGAUAGUUCUGGCCCUGGAGGGGGGCCACGACCUCACGGCCAUUUGUGACGCCUCGGAAGCAUGUGUUUCUGCUUUGCUGGGAAAUGAGGCAACACAUCUGACAAAACUGCUUGAUUAUGGCCACAAGGAGCUCGAUCCUCUCCCAGAGAAGGUUUUACAGCAGAGACCCAAUGCCAACGCUGUCCGUUCCAUGGAGAAGGUCAUUGAGAUUCACAGCCAGUACUGGCGCUCCCUGCAGCGCCUCCCCUCCACCGUGGCCUACUCCCUGGUCGAGGCCCAGAAGCGCGAGAAUGAAGAAGCCGAGACAGUCACCGCCAUGGCCUCCCUGUCCGUAGGUGUGAAGCCUGCUGAGAAGAGGCCUGAGGAGGAGCCCAUGGAAGAGGAGCCGCCCCUGUAACCGUGCCCACGGCUGCGACUCUUGUUUGUCUGUCUGUCUUGAAGCUCCGCCAAGAAAAGUUGCUGUUUCUCUGCAUCCUGCCAGGCGUUCUCUCAGAAUCCGCAGGCACACCAGGGGCCCAGACCCCAGGUCUCACCGGGCAGGGCAGCCUUACACAGAACCCGGGACAGACGCCGGGAAGAGCAGACACCGACAUGCAGGGCACCAGGCUCGCCCUCGGCCCCCCUGAGGGAUGCCGAAGAGGGAGGAAGCCUGCGGCAACUCGUGGCAGAGUUGCCCGAUUCAGUUGACACGAGGAAAAGAACAUGAAAAUCAAAGAUCUAACAAUACAAAACAAACUUGAUCAAAACUGGUGCUUAAAGUUUGAUGAUUAAUUACCCACAAUUCCACAGUCUCCGUGUAAACCACUCAUCUUGUAGCUUUCUUUUUAAAGAGAACGUUUUCUAUCGCUCUGGCCUGCCUCUGUGAACCAGAGCGGUGUGCGGUGGGGUUUGCAGCCGGGUGGGGGACAGAGUGGAUGAGCAUUUAAGAAAAAAAAGUGGACAAAAAUGGAAAUGUGAGCCUGCAGGAGCCGGCUUUGCUUUCUCAAAGCCAUCGGAAGAUGCAAGUUUGUGCCUUUUUUUUAUUGCUCUGAUGGAUUUUUGUGGCUGGGUAUUCUGAAGUCUGAGGAACAAUGCCUUAAGAAAAAAAUAAACAGCAGGAAUUGA